AUGCCAAAGGAAUGGUUUCCGCUUGAGAGCAAUCCUGAUGUGUUGAAUGGGUACCUAAAGAAGUUUGGGCUGCUGAACCCCAAAGUUCAGUUCUGCGAUGUUUUCAGUCUUGAGUCUGAGCUGUUCGCCAUGGUGCCGCGACCGAUUCGGGCCAUGAUUCUGUUGCACCCUAUUACUCGUGAAGGGGAAUUGUAUGACAAGAUGCUUGCCAUGAAUCAGACAACUGAGGCAAAGGAGUUCAUGGAGAAGAAUGAGUUCUUCUUCUCUAAGCAGACUAUUGGAAAUGCGUGUGGAACUAUGGCCAUUCUUCAUGCUCUACUGAACAAUCUUGAUUACUUGGGGGAAGUUGAAAAGGACAGUCCCUUUGAAAUCUUACUUAACCGCUUCAAGGAUGCUGAAGGACAGAAGACGACUACUGAAAGACGGGAGACGACUCCUGAAAGACUGGCAAAACUGAUUGAGUCUGAUGAUUUGCUCGAUCGGGUGCAUAGAAUGGCAUCAACUGAGGGUGUUACAGAGAACCAGUCAAUCGAUGCAGACAUUGAUCUUCAUUUUGUCUGCUUUGUGCGUGUGAACGGCCGGUGUGUGGAAUUGGAUGGGCGCAAGCCCUUUCCGCUUCUCCAUGGUGCUUGCACAGAUGAUGAAAGUUUUGCCAAUGCGGCUGCGGAAGCCAUCAGACUAAAGAUGAAGCAAGACCCGGAAUCACUUCGCUUUAACAUUAUUGCUCUCAGUGAAAUCAGAAAUUGA